AUGCAAAAGGCCAGAGAUAGGGCUAGCAAGAAAUGGAAAAGUAGUGUCAUUUGCCCUAGGGUUGAUAAGAUUGUGCAAGAAAACCUGCAGAACAUUCCUGAUUCAAUGGUUCUUAAUUUUCUAUUGACUUAUCCAGUAGGACCUGUGGCUGUUGGAAGUGGGAUCUCAUUAGAAUUCCUUGACUUUGUUGAUAGAUGUUACUAUGUGGAUACUUACAAAGCUGUAUAUGCAAGCAUCUUGAUGCCAAUGAAUGGUAGGGACCAAUGGCCUAUGUCCAACUUUAUACCUGCCAAGCCCCCCAAUUUUGGGAGAGGGGCAGGUAGACCCACAACAACUAGAAGGCUAGAACCUGAUGAGGUUGUGCCAAAAGAAAAGAAGAGGAGGAGAAGACAGAAAUGUGUUGAUCCCCACAAGAUUCCAAGGCAAAAGAGUGUGAUCACUUGUAGUAACUGUGGUGCAAAGGGUGAAAAGUCUAGCCGAACUGAAUUUGCUAGUCAGCUCACUCAAGAGGAUAAUCUCCCUCCUACUCCACAGUUUCAUGAGAAUACAACAACUGAAUUUACAAGUCAAGUCACUCAAGAAGAAGUUAUUCCCCCUCCAACUCCACAGGUUCCUAAGACCUCAAUUCCCAAUCCUAAGAAGCCAUCUAAGAAGCCAUCAAAUCCAAAUCAGCAUAUUGCUAUCCAGGAUGGUGCAUUGCAUGAGGCUACACAGGAACAACCUCCAAACAUAUGGGACCAACUUCAGUCCCAACAGAACAAUGAGCCUGGUGCAUCUUCAGCAUAUAACAUGAAGCCCCAGAAAUAUGUCACAUUUUCAGACUUGAAUACAUGUCUUGCUAAACAAAGUACAAAAAUGGGUAUCCUUCUCUUUCAACAGAGUAUCCUUAUUUUCAAGAAGGUUCUGGAUGACAUAUGCAGUACGUCGAGGAAUUGGGGGAUCUUCCAAGCAAAAAAGUCCACACCUUCGUUUUCUUCCCACCGACAAUCUGGCGAAACCCUAGAGUUACUGAUCGACGAGGACAUGCAGCUUUUCCGAUUGAGCGAUUAG